CCGCGCUUGCCCAUUCCAUUCGACGGGUAUUCCUACUGCGUAAGCUACAAUUCCGACGGGACUGAACGCAUCAUUUGCAACAGAUUGGUUCCGGCAACCUCGUGCUGUCGCAGUCAGAUUCCAAGACUUGAUCGUCGCCUGCCGCGCACGUCUUGGAUCUCAUAGCCAUGCAACCGGAUCCCAGCGCCGGUCUGGAAUGGGCUUGCAGCUAGACAAACCAUGAGCAACCUCCACGCGCCCACUGUCCCCUCGGGGCCGACGACGGCCCGCGUCGCAAACGGAAACGCGACCCAGCUCUCCAUCGCCGAGCUCCAGCGCAAGAAGGACAUUAUCGAGGGAGAGCUGAAGGCGCUGGGCGGCGUGCUCGAUUCGCACGGAGUCGACAUGAACACGAGCCUGCUAACUCCUGAUGGAUUCCCCCGGUCCGAUAUCGACGUGGCACAGAUCCGGACGACGAGAGCGCGCAUCAUCCACCUCCGGAACGAUUGGAAGGAUCUGAUGGCCGUCAUCGAGAAGCGACUCCACGAGCACUUUGCGAGUCUCGACGACGACGACGGAGACGACGCCGAACCCACCGCGCCUGCAAGCUCUGGCGCCUCGCUCCCGAGAGACUCAGUACCAGAGACUCUCGAUCGACCCUUUGCCAGGGUCAACUCGGUGGCGGACAACAGCCCGGCCGCGACGGCGGGUCUCAAGCCCGGCGACCUAAUCCGAAACUUUGGCUACGUGAACCACGAGAACCACGACGGCCUGAAGAAGGUGGCAGAAUGCGUGCAGGGCAAUGAAGGGCAAAAUAUCCUCGUCAAGGUCUCACGCAGCGGCGUUGGGGCUAGACCGCAAGAACUCCGGUUGACACUAACACCUCGACGUAAUUGGGGCGGCCGAGGGAUGCUUGGAUGCCAUAUCUUGCCUUUGUGAAAGAAAUGUUGAGGUGUGGACGGCGAUCGGCGGCCGCUGUUGCAUGCGAGCGGGUUGGGCUCCAGCUCCUUGGGCCACCACCGGCCCCCCGAGGCAACCCCCACAUCAGGCCACGCAGGGUGGUCUUUGGGCUGCGUUAUCCGAGAAUUCUUUAAUGCAGGCAGCUUACCGUAUGCCUAGGUAGAUUGGGAGUCCACCG